CAUUUCUGCCCAGCACCACCUCAGCACUGGACAUUACCGCACCUCACCCGCCCGCUUCAACCUCCGUCCUCCACUACUGCUGGCUCUGGCCGACUUGGAUCUUGCACCUCACGCCUCAUAUCGUCAACUAUCGCGUCGUGCAUCAUCACAAGCUUUCCUUUUUUCACUUUCUUCGAGUCGACGGCCAUCGGUUCUCUUCAGCAUAUUAUACUUUUAUCGAUUAAGUACGAGCUCGCUUCACUAACGUCAUCGAGUAUUGUGAUCAACGUUUCCAGUCCCUGUCUGGGUUUCUGCGAGAAUAUCGGGACGAUGCGAUAAACGCCUUACAACGAACAAAGAUUGAUUUUAGCUGGACGGUGCUUGGGACUGCGCCCUCACCGUCUCGCCUCGACUCUCUUUUUAUACUCAUCGCUUGACCAAUAUCAACCAAACGACGCUCCUACGACUGCCUCGCAAUCUUCAUCUCUAUAACCACCACCAGCUACAACGGCCCUUCAGUACCUUGACUGCAAACUGUAUCGCCAAUAUCGCAAUUAUGGCGGCGCUCCCAGAAGCCGCGGGCAUGGCUGCCUUGAAUCAUCAGUCCGCAAAGCGAGCUAUCGACGAAUCCAAGAGCCAUACCGCCACUCCUCGCUCAUCCACACCUCCCCGCUCAGAUCGCGCCCGUUUAGAACCCCGACAUAGCCACGAUAACGCACCAAACCGUGCUCUCCGCAGCAAUGCCAGGAAAAGCGAAGGCGCCCGCGCGAGUCCUUUCGACAUCGAUGCCGUCGAUAGUGCGCUGCUCCGAGAGUUUCAACGUCCGCAACGUGAGAGUACCCCAGGUGCCAGCCCUCAUCGUAAGCGGCAGCGAAUAAAUGGCGAUCGAUUCAUUCCGACCCGCUCUGGCCAGGACCUGCAAGCAAGCUUCAGUCUAUUGCAUGAGGAUGGAUCUCCUGCCACACCAUCAAAACAAAAGAAACGUACACCACAUGGCGAGCUCCAUUUUCAGAAGAGUAUGUUGUUACCUAAAUACCCUAUCUCAUUCAGACAUUGACAUGCAAUGCCAGCGGAGGAAGCAAACCGGACCUUUUCCCACCUACUACGUGCUGAGCUCUUCGAGAGCUCUGUACCACAAGCAGCUACCCCAACCCUCACCCCAACCCAAACCCUUCCUACAAGCUCUCAUAUUCCCGCGAAUGAUGGUACGCGGGCUCACACUCCUCCCACAAAUGCGACAGCUCCAUCACUGCCAUCAUCAUUAACACCUUCUACUCCUCACAAAAAUCUCUUCUCGUACAUGUCACCUCGACAUCACAAUCAGGUCGCGGGGCACCCCACACCCUCGAAGACACCGCAAAGCCGGCAUGGCCCCAACCUCGAUACUCGGAGUGAGAUUUACAGCUUAUCGCCAGUGCGAUUUGGAAGUCAACAAAUGCUACUGAGUCCCAGACGUCAACCCAGAGCUGUCAGUAAGGUUCCUUACAAGGUUCUCGAUGCUCCCGAACUAGCCGAUGACUUUUACCUUAACUUGGUCGACUGGGGAAGUGCCAACAUUCUCGGAGUUGGCCUGGGCUCCAGUGUGUACAUGUGGAAUGCGCAAACUAGCAAAGUCAACAAGCUCUGCACACUCGAUGAUGACACUGUCACAAGCGUUUCAUGGAUUCAAAAAGGCACGCACCUUGCUAUAGGAACGGGCAAAGGCCUUGUACAAAUCUGGGACGCGGAAAAGGCUCGCAGGCUACGAACAAUGACCGGACACACAGCAAGAGUAGGUUCUCUCGCUUGGAACACGCACAUUCUCACAUCUGGAUCACGCGAUCGAUUGAUCUAUCACCGGGAUGUACGGGCCCCGGAUCAGUGGCUGAGGAAACUGGUCGGCCAUAAACAGGAAGUCUGUGGACUCAAAUGGAAUUGCGAAGACGGUCAACUAGCGAGUGGUGGCAAUGACAACAAGCUCAUGGUCUGGGAUAAGCUCUCGGAGACACCGCUUUGGAAGUUCUCAGAUCACACCGCAGCCGUCAAAGCAAUAUCGUGGUCGCCCCAUCAGCGCGGCCUCCUGGCUUCUGGAGGUGGCACUGCAGACCGUCGCAUAAUAUUUCACGACACCGUCAAAGGCUCAGUCAUCAACGAGAUCGACACAGGCAGCCAGGUUUGCAAUAUUGCUUGGUCGAAAAACUCGAAUGAAAUCGUAUCCACGCAUGGAUACAGCCAAAAUCAGAUUGUUGUCUGGAAGUAUCCUUCUAUGACCCAGGUGGCCAGCCUCACAGGCCACACCUAUCGUGUGCUUUACUUGGCUAUGAGCCCAGAUGGCCGAACAAUCGUGACUGGCGCUGGAGAUGAGACCUUGAGGUUCUGGUCCACCUUUGGCCGCAGACCUGGGACUCGAGAAGACGGAGAUAAUGGAGGUCGGCUUGCCGACUUGGCCGUUAUUCGCUGAGUCUUCUAGCUGAUGGCGAUCAGGGGUUGCCUUACAUCAUUUUUACGAGUUGCUCAGAAGCGUUUCGAUAUGUUCGCUCUAGACUAUGACCAUAUACCAUAUGGAAUGCGCAUUUUUACUACAGGCACAGUGCAAGGAGUUCCUGGAACUCUUGAAAGUCGCAGAUUGUGCGCUACAAUUCAUACCCCCAAGGCUAUUGCAUUAUGCAUUUAUUGGCGUUGUAUCAGAAAUCACUCGGUCCUUCACUGGGUUAUGGAAGGCGGUGUUGGCAGGAUUGCUUUACUGGUUUUUGGGACUUAGGGGUUUGUGACGGAUCAUGACACCCCAUUUGGAUGAAAGGAUGGGUUUAACGAUGGAAAGGGGUCUCUCUUUACCUUUCAGGCAGGUAAAGCGAGCAAACGGGCGAGCUAUAGCGAUUGUUUUCUGUUCAUUUUGGUCAUUCGGCCCGCAUAGCGCGGCGGAUUACCCGAUGGUAAGGUAGAUAGAUGCCUGAUGAAUCUGACGGGGCAAACCUCCCCAUUCAAGUUCAACGAGCGGACUUCCCAUAAUUGUGGUGAUCGUCGUGAUCAACUGUAAUACGCUAUGGUAGCCUGCACAUAUUCACGCCGACACUGAUACGCAACUGACGAGAGCUGUCAUAGUAACACAAUAGUUGGGGAGUAUCCAUAAGUAAUAUUUUGUCUUUUAGUGAGAAUUAAUUGACAGGUAAAGGUUCAGUGA